ACAUGAGAUAAGACAUGGUAAAACAAAUGUGCUUGAAAUACCCAUUUGACAUCACAGAGUGGAAAAAUAGAUCUAGAUUUUAGAUCUAAAUCCAAUUGGUUUGGAUUCAUACAUCCAGGCAGAGGUGCCCUCCCUACCAUGGGGUAACAUGCAUCAAAUAUUGUUUUCAGAAUUUCUACUCAACCUUAAAACUAUCAACCAUCUUUAACAAGAAACUGUUUCUUUGGCAGGAAAUUUCUCAAGCCUCUUUCUUGGAAGUAUUAGUGAAGUCGGGACACAAGAUGCACAUGAAGAAAAGAAAUUUUCACUGGUGAUGGUGAAAUUGCUGAAGGAAAAAUACAUGUUAGAGGCUGAACAAGGAAAUUUUGAGGAAGAUGCCAUUGCCCUGACCAAAUUCAGUCACCCGUAUGUGCAAAGUUUGUUUGGUGUCUGUGUGGAUGGUCUUCCUCUCUGCCUCGUGUUUGAGUUCAGUGAGCAUGACGAAUGCCUGCAACAGUUCCUAAUCGAAUCAGGACGUGGCCACUGUUCAAUCCAUCGUAGAGCUGACCUGCAUAACUCCAAACCAAAGCUGUCAAAUAUAGAUCAGAUUUCCAUGGCCAAGCAGAUAGCGAAUGGUAUGGAAUACCUAGCAGAUAAGGGCUAUGUUCACAGAGAGCUAUGUACCAAGAACUGCAUCAUUGGUAAAGGAAUGGUAGUCAAGAUAUCAAAUUUAGGAUUCUCGUGGAAAGGCCCAAAUAGUGAUUACUUCUCCUUGGAUGAAAAUGAGAGGGCUGGGUACCCUGUGAGGUGGCUCCCCCCUGAAACUCUCCAGUGUGGCGUAUUCAAAGAGGAAACUGACAUCUGGUCUUUUGGUGUUGUGUUAUGGGAGAUCUACUCCAGUGGAUUGACACCAUACUAUGGGAUGAAUGAUGACGAAGUGAUAUCUUUGGUGGAAGGGGGAGACACACUUCCUUGCCCUAAGGAAUGCCCUAAUGAAAUGUAUGAAGUCAUGCAAGGCUGCUGGAGUUCGGAACCAACAGAAAGGCCACGUUUCAACAGCAUUCACCAGCGUAUCUCAUCUCUGUUUAAUGGAGUGCCAGUGUAACUGUUAAACUGUUCAGUGAUGAGCAAGUGUAAUCCUACUGCAGCAAUCACUUCCAAGCCACAUUUGACAUUACCCUACAGGAAUUCAAUGUACAUAGUGAUCGCAGGCUAAUAAGAGCUAUAAUUGAAAUGUUAACACCCUUGGAACAAUGUGUGUAAGUACCUAUGGAGCUUGUGAAAUAGAGCUCGGUUUGCAAAUAUAGCAAAUAUUUAAUUUUGGUGGAGGGUUUUCUUUCCAUUUGCAAAAUAAGUUAAUGCCAUAGGAUGUUUUUUGGAACAGUUAUUGAUUUUGUCAUUAAGCUUCUACUUGAGGUUUCUGUAGGCUGUUGUGGGCCUUUAGUAUUUUCCCCUGUUAAAUAAGAAAUUGAUUUUAAACAUGGACAAGCAGAAUACAUGUAUGUAAUUUAAAAUCCAUAAAAUGUGAGAAAUAGUUUCUUAGCCACAAUUGUUUAGGGGUAUGAAUGAAAAAUGAUUGAAAAAGUCACAAUCCUAUACACCUACAUAUAGCUGACUUAUGUCUGCGGUUGAGAAUAUGAGGCAUAUUGAAAUCAAACAUACAAGGGAAAAUUGGAUGAUUUUAAAAUAACUUGGAGGAAAACACUACACUAUUAAAAAAAUAUCAGAAACGAUUAUGGAAAGAAGCUACAUUUUUGUUUCGCUUUAAAUUGAGUGAAAAUCAAAUAUAAAAAUAUGUUGACCGGGGAACAAGCCAUAAUGACAGCAAGUGCCCAGACACAUUGCUUGUUAACAUGCAUGGUACUCAAAUUCUUUACUCAACUGCAAAUAUUGGAAUUGUCUGUUUUUAGGAUUGAAUUUACGAAGUGUACCAAGAAUUCCUCUUGUUUUGCUCUCGUUAUCAUAACAUAGAAAUGUUUGCCCGUUAAUACUUGCGACAGUACUCUAUCUAAUUUUGGCUCUCAAACUUUAAACCACUCGCGUUGCGAGUGUAAAACUUGAGCCCUGUUAUGUAAUCAGCCAAGAUACAAAUAACUAAAAUAAUUAUGUUGUCAUGUCUGCCUUAACAUUAUUGAUUAUUAAGUAAACUAACUUAAUUAUUUAGGAUAUUUAUUGAACUCUUCAAACUAAAAACCAUCGUGAACAACCAGCUAAUUGGUGUCAGUUUCAGUUUUAUAAGUUCACGAGUGAAAGACACUUGCAAUUUCUUUAACAAGAGUGUUUUUCUUAGAUUGUGAUAGCUUUAAAUUUUUUUUUUUUUUUUUUU